AUGGGAAGUCUGAUCAAGAGCGAGACAAACACCAUCAAAACUGAGAUGGUAAACCUCAAAAUCUCCGAACCAUGUCCCAAAACCGAUACCACUUGUUGCACGAAGCAAGAGCCAUCGUCGUCAUCCUCAUCCUCAUCGCUCAAGAAAACCCCCUCCUCGUCCGAUUUCGACACCCAUAAUAGCUUAACCCCCGUGGCCAGCCUCAGCAGCCUCCUCAACCACCCGAAUCUCAACGUGCCUCCUCUCAAAUACGAAGAAAUCCAAUCCCCCGAUUACUCCUUAUGGGAGUCCAUCUUCUCCGACCAUGUAACCGACAAUGACUUCAUGAUAUGUUCACCCGUCCGAAACAUGCUCUCUCCGCAGACUAAUAACUACCCGGGCGUCUCGUCUCUAGGCCCGGGCAAGGGGAAGGGGCUGAGCCCUCUCCACCGCGUAUUCAACUCGCCGAAUAAUCAGUUCAUGCAGGUGGAGAGCCUCGCCUCGUUGGAGACGCUCUUGGAUGACACCUACGAUGCUGCUAAAGACGAUGAUUUUGUCGUCUUCUCUCCUAUGAAGAUAGCCGGCGGUGAGACCUCGGCUGAUUGCUACGCUGGGCUGGACACGAUGCCGGAGCUCUUGGACUGCCUCACGAUGGAUGAUUCAGGAAGGUUUGUCGAUCAGGAGGCGCCGGCCGUUCAAGACAACGGUGUUUAUCAGGUGAUGUUGUCGCAGCAGUUGCAGCAGGAGCGGCAGCGGGAGGAGGAGGACCGCCACCGCCACUUCCAGAGGCGGAUCCAGCCGCCCAACGCACCUCUGCACAGAUUGCAUCACCAACAAUCUGCUCCUGAGCAGAUUCAUCACCAGAUUCCGAACGUGCACAAUAACUUGAUGGUGCCCCUUCCUGAACCUGAGCAGGAACAAGAUAGUGGACUGCAAUUGGUGCACCUUCUUUUAGCAUGUGCCGAAGCCGUCUCGAAGGAGGACUACAUGUUGGCACGGCGGUAUCUCCACCACCUCAACCGCGUCGUCUCUGCCAUUGGCGACUCUAUGCAGCGUGUCGCCGCCUGUUUCACCGAAGCUCUCAGCGCAAGGCUCGCCGCAACUCUCACAAACAAACCUUCCACCUCAAACCUAGUACCUUUCAACCCUUUCCCUCCAAACAACCUAGAAAUCCUCAAAAUCUAUCAAAUCCUAUACCAAGCCUGCCCCUACAUCAAAUUCGCCCACUUCACCGCCAACCAAGCAAUCUUCGAGGCCUUCGAGUCCGAGGAGCGCGUCCACGUCAUUGACCUCGACAUCCUCCAGGGCUACCAGUGGCCUGCUUUCAUGCAGGCCCUGGCGGCCAGGCCUGGAGGCGCACCCUUCCUUAGGAUAACUGGGGUGGGCACGUCCCUCGAGGCAGUGAGAGAGACAGGUAGGUGUCUUACCGACCUUGCUCUCUCUCUCCACGUGCCCUUCGAGUUCCACCCGGUUGGGGAGGAACUCGAGGACCUCAAACCCCACAUGUUCAACCGAAGGGUCGGCGAGGCGCUGGCUGUGAACUCUGUCAACCGCCUCCACCGCGUCCCGGGCAACUGCCUUGGACCCCUGCUGACGAUGAUCCGGGACCAGGCUCCGAACAUCGUCACCAUAGUCGAGCAAGAAGCGAGCCACAACGGGCCAUACUUCCUGGGCCGGUUUCUCGAGGCCCUCCAUUACUACUCUGCAAUUUUCGACUCGUUGGACGCAACGUUCCCGGCCGACUCUGCGCAGAGAGCGAAGGUGGAGCAACACAUCUUCGCCCCGGAGAUCGGGAACAUCGUGGCUCACGAGGGGCCGGAGCGCGUGAUGCGGCACGAGCGCCUCGAGAAGUGGAGGAAGACCAUGGAAGGGAAGGGGUUUGAAGGGGUGGCGCUGAGCUCAAAUGCAGUCACACAAUCAAGGAUUUUGCUAGGGUUGUAUUCAUGCGAUGGGUAUAGACUGACGGAGGAUAAAGGGUGCUUGCUUCUAGGGUGGCAAGAUAGGCAUAUUCUUGCUGCUUCUGCAUGGCGGUGCUGA